CUGACGGCGCAGUCGCAGACUCACUAAUCCUCCGCCCUGUACAGUCGACCCUUCUCACUCCUGAGUGCCGCCAUCUGCGCCUACUAACACCUAUAUAUCUGUGUGCUGUGACCUUUCACUGCGACCCCGCCACGCUACAACUGCAGGCUAAUAUGUAAAAAAAAAAAGAAAAAAAAAAUACGUUUCCCAAAUGAAGGACAAAUUUGCAAAACUUUUUGAUCAUGUUGCUGACACCAUUUACCUCUGAGUGAAAGUGGCACUCCUUGCCCGCGGCGGUACAUCCUUACGGGUCCUGUGUGUGUCACAGUGUUGGAAUAUAUGUGUAUUGAGGAUAAGCUAAAGCAUCUAGUGCAGUCAUGACUAGCACUAGUACCAGUGUGAUCACUGCUUAGUUAAAGAGUGAAGCCUAGUGUCGCCAACCAGGCAGGGAGAAAUUUGCCUACAAUCACCUGGUCGCUAAUAUGCUAACCAUGGAUAGCAGAACUAGAACUAUCGAUCGUAUGUUGGACGACCUUAAAACUACAGUGGGCAGCGAAGGUGAUAGGAGCACCCCAGACGUCCGCGCUGACACCACCCUCGUCUCCUCCUUCAGAACUUCCUUAUACGACGACAGACCCGAGAGCUUCGUGGAAAUUUUCAGGAGUUCUUCCCGGAACGAGGGUCGAAGUGGGUCCAGGGGUGGGUCCCGCAGCGGCAGUGCUCUUGCGGGUAUAGAGGACGGUGGCCAUGUAAGACAUACCCGCCGUGAGUACUGCACACCAGACAGCAAGACUCAUGUCGUCUCCGAGAAGUACGAGUAUGAUACAGGCGACACCAGCAAGACAAAUCAUUACCAGAAGAAAAUCAUGAAGUCGACUUACUCGACGUAUAACUCACUGAGUGCUGGCAGCCUGGAAGACAGACCCUCACUCGCCCCUGAAUCUUCACCUCAGGUCUCCCCACAAGCUCUGCCAGACACCAAGGUUAUCAGUGCUUCCCAGAAAGUAGCAAACAAAUUGGUUGAUGCCCUGGCCAGUAUAGGUGGGGAUGGAAGCCAUGUUCCAGCACCAGACACCAGCGAGACUGAAUCUCUUAAAACAGACACUAUGAAAACCUCUCGUACUGCUAGCUCUGAUUAUUCCACUUUAGGACGACUUCGUAAGAAUAUCAAUGAAUUGGAUUAUCUUAUUUCAUCACUAGAAGACUCGAAGCAUAAAGAACAAAGAAAAACUGAAGUUCAGAGCUCUUCGGUGUCAACCAACAUCUCUGUUGUAUCAAAAACAAAUGAAUUAAGAGUAAAAGGUGCCACGUCCUCAAAAGAUUUAUCUCCUGUAAAAGCAGAAACUUCUCCUGGUAAUAUUCCUGUCAGUGUAGUUCCUGUUGGAGAUAUGACUACGAAAAAUAAGGAGACAGUAUACACUGCUCCUGCAGAAGAUGCGGUUGUAGAACAUGUUAUCCAGGACUCAGUAGAUCCAGCAGUAGCACUGACUCUUGCUGCAGCUGAGGCCUGUUGCCUCUCCACUAGCAAAAACACACAUACAUCGCACCUAACCACCAGUCUCAUUAAGAGAACCACUGAAUCAGAAAAGAGUGCUUCACAGCAGAAAGUGCUAAGAGAAAAGAGGAGCACUGGCCCCACCACCACUCUCAUCAAUGGCACCAUCACCUCUACUUCACACACCAACAAAUACGAUGGUGAUGACGAGGAUGCUCUGGACGACACCAAAGGUGGGGAAGUGCGCCGCAUUGUGUGGCGCAACAGAUUUGAGAAGACUUAUGAGGCCAAUGACUCUAGCCAUCCACAGCCAGCGAUGAGCAUUGAAGAGGAGUCACGUCGUCGGCAGGGGAUCCAGCGUCAACAGCACCACCACCACCAGCAGACAUCCACCUCUGCCUCCACCACCUCCACGCUCUCUUCCCCACCAGGACCCAGCUCGCCCCCACAGCGGACGCAGCCAGCGAUAGUGUCGUUGCAGCGGGGCCCAAGCUCGCCCUAUCUGCCUCAGCUGCAGUGCGCUGUGUACUGGCCCGGCAUGGCUGCCGCUCCCUACAUUUCUCCUGGAGGACAUUCAUGGAAGGAACCUUUGCCGAUGCCAACGCCACCACAGUUGUCUCCGCGAGAGCCUGGCGUAGCUUAUAUAUAUACUUAUGGCAACACGAGUGGUCAGGGAGUUCAGCCUUUGGCCCCCCUUAACUAUGUCAACGUCCCUGGACCACACUCAAUUCCACCCAGUGAGGGAGCACCAUCACCCACACCUUCAUCACAGCUACAGGGACAGCCCAUCAUUUAUCACUACUCUUACCAUUAUACUAUUCAGCCAGGACAGCCACUACCAGAUGGGGCACCACCACCACCAGGAGGGAUAGUCUCAACUUCCCCUCCAGCACUUCAGAUGGCACCAGCCAACCAGCAACCACCCACCUCUGCUCAACAUAACCAAUACAUCCAGAAAAGUCACACUUCUACUACUACUACUACUCGAUCAACUCAGCCAGGUCACCCUAGUCAUCCUGGUCAACCUGGCCAGCCUGGUUAUCCCAGUCAAGGUCAGCCUGUUUAUCCUGGUCAACCAGGACAGCCUGGUUAUCCUAGUCAGCCUGCUUAUCCUGAUCAUCCUGGGCAUUCUGUCAGUUCCGCCCAACCGACUCAACCACAGCCCAGUUCUUCCACCAUUGUUAACUACAACAUUCACUCCUCUACCACUCGUUCCACUAAAACUGUUAAUCGCAAUGACACGACCACGGUGGGUUAUCCAGGUCAUCCAGGAUCUGAUGGACUGUAUGGUCCUGGAGGCCCUGGUGGGCCUGGUCAUCCAGUUGAUGAUCAUAGUUAUCCAAGCAAACCACAUGGACCAGGAAGUCUCAAUGGUCCAAGCAGUCCUGGUGGGCCAGGUGGUACCACAGGACCAUCUGGCCCUGGACAGCCUGGCCAUCCUGAUCAUCCUGGCCAUCCUGGUUCUUUAUCCAUCACUAUCAACAAGACAACUACAUCUCACAUUACUCACCCUGGGAGUUACCCUGGAGCUCCUAGUGGUCUUGAUGGCUCUGGUGAUGUGCCUCCAGUUACAUCCACACCAUAUUCAAGCCGUGGGCGCUCAGUGUCCCCGGAACCACGCUCUCCAUCCAAUCAUACUCCUCAACAUGUGACUUAUGUUACGCACAUAACAAGAUCAUCACAUUCAGACUCACUGGAUCGUGUAAGAAGGCCAAAGAAUGAGACUCUUCCCUUCCCAGACACUUCUCCCAUACGAUCAACUGGAGAACACAAGAUUCCACGUCGAGUAGAUGAUCUCAUGAACUCUUUCUCUGAUUCUGAGGAUGGUCCUGUUGGUGGGCCCCCUGGCCGCUCUCCACACAGGAGAGACCCCGCUGAUCAUGAACCUCUGCUGCCCAAUAACAACCAGGUCGCAGUGAGGGCAGAUGCAGAUGCUAAAGCAGUUGCUGUGGCUGAUGCGAAUGCUAAGCGGGAGCUGACCAAAAACAAAGCUGGACCUCCCGUGUACUACCCUCCUGGCCAUGAGCUCUUCCAUGAAACCAUGCAUACUAUGACACUGAAGGAGGGAGGCCGCCGAGGAAAGGCGAAAUGGAGAAUGGAGCGAUCAUCUGGCUAUAAGGAGAGUUCUUCGUCUUCUGAGACAAAAGGAGGGAUGACUAUGGUGCCAGUGUGUCUUCCCCUCUGCUGUGGUGCUGCUUGUGUUAUCAUGUAAUCACUGAUAACUAGCUGCUUACAGAAUCACACAUUUUUUGACUAAUAUUAGU